GAGGAUAUAGAUUUGUUUAAAGCAUCUUUGGUAGAAGGUAAUUUUCCCAUAACGGAUACGUGUGUACUGAAACAUUUGGUGACUGUAAACACCACAAAGACAUCAGUCAUCAAAGUAGGAAGUUUUUAUGAAGGAACCAAAAAUAGUUUUCCCGAUGAGUUUGAUAUAAUAUGUCCUCUUUUUAAAAUGAGAGAAGAAAUACGCCAUGGUAUUUGGUAUUAGUUGACAAGUCUUCUUCAUGACAUUAUUAAAAAGGUAGCUUCUGAUAAAAAAGGGUCUUUGCAUUUCACCUCCUCUGAUAAUCGAAGAAAACUACAUUUUGAUAAGUAUAUGACAGAACAUGGUCCAGCAUAUUUGUUACGAUUUAUUUACAAAAAUGGUUCAAAACGAAACAAAUACCUCCAUGUUGAUCUUGUUCCAGCGUUCAAAGUUCUUGUGAAAAAGGACGAUACUUCAAAUCAGUAUUUCAAACUGUUAGACGCACGUGUGAAACUAAAAGCAUUUCGUGAAUGUGUCCUGAAAGCAGAGCACUAUCUAAGUGUCAAUAGCCGUACCUCAUUUACUGAAACUGAGGUAUAUUUUAUGAAGAAUGUUUUGUCAAAGACUCAUGUUAAAGUAUACAGAAUACUUAAGAUUUUGCUUAAUGGUCAUGGUGAUGACGAAAAAAUGAAAAAGGAAUGUAUUAAAAGGGACGUAAGGAACUAUCAUGUUUUUUCAUCCUAUUUGAUAAAAACAAUGAUGAUUUAUCACCACAAAGAGUGUACUAACCCGGAUAUGUUGGAUACAUCAGGUAUACCAGAUAUUGGACCGUGUGUGCUACAGAUACUGGAAGAACUGUGUAAAUUUGAUGAGACUAACAGGUACCCAAACUUUUCUGGAAUAUUUCGUGGUGGAGAUAAAUACUGCAUGGUGCCGUUUCUUCAAAAUUUAGCAGACACAUUGAAAGCAAUGCAGAUAUCAGGGGCCGCGUAUGAAUAUAAGAGGUGCAGAAUGAAAUCCAUGUCAAGACAGUUUAUAGAAAAGGAAAUACGCGCAAAAGUACGCAGAAAACUAAUAAAUGAUAUCUUACUAUCAAUGAGUGGACCCUCUCUGUGUGCAUUGAUUCGCAUGUGCAAAUCACAGGCUUGGAAAAGAAGUGAGUCUGGUUCUGAAGAAAAUGAAAGUUUGAAUAAUAUACCAAUAGAAGCGGGUACAGUAUACGAUUAUGAUUUGGAUUUUGUUUAAAAGAAGCUGAUGGGAGAACAGAAAGUUAAAGCACACGAAUGGACCAGUUGUCAACUACAGAUUUUCAAGAUCGAACAGUGUAUUAUCAGAGUCACAUUUAACCUUUGAUAGAUGUAGCUUAAAUUUUGUUUUAAUGUAUAGAUGAGUUUUAAAGCAUAUUGCAUUAUUUGUUAAAUAACCUGAGAUAAAAUACGGUUCUUGAGAUUGUUUAAACAACUAAACACUUAUUUCACAUUCUUUCGACUUUGUAAAUUGCUGCUAGACAACAUUACUUGAUUUAACCCGGAUUUCAAAAUUUAAUUAGAGAAUAUGGCAAAUAAAUAAGCUAGAUUCGUGUGGUGGAUUUCUUUGCCGGACGGAUUACAAAACAUUUGCUAAUAAGAGCAUAUCCGAUGAUCACAAUUUUGUAACUUUGUGAAUAGACUUUUUUCUACAAAGUAGCUUUUAA